AAAUUAAUGCAGGCGGAUCGACAGCCAAACGAGUGUCUAAAUUACCAGUGCAACGUGCAGAGAGAGGAUGAAGAGCUUGGACGAAAUCCAGACGGAAUAUCCGCUUCAUUGGCAUAUCUGGAAUGGAAAUAUAGAACAGCUGCAAUCAGCGCUGCAGGUGGCGCAGAUUGAUAAGGAGAAAAUCGAUCCGCGCGGUCGUACGCCUUUGAUGUUGGCCGUGAGAUUAGGAAAUCUACAAUGUGUCAAGUGCCUUUUAGCAGCCAAAUGCAAUGCGACCUACGAACACGAGAGUUGGUCAAUUGUGCAGGAAGCGGUAUGUACGGGUGACAUCGACAUAUUGACUGCCAUCAUUGAGGUGCGGGAUUUGCAGCGACAUAUGCAGCGUGUGACACAUGUCCCGAAGCUUCUUCAGCAUUUGCUGGACGCGCCCGAUUUCUACAUCGAGAUGAAGUGGGAGUUCACAUCGUGGGUGCCGCUCAUGUCACGUCUAUGCCCCAGCGAUACAUACAAGGUGUAUAAACGAGGGGCCAAUGUCCGCAUUGAUACCACUUUGCUGGGCUUCGACAACAACACCUGGCAGCGCGGGAAUCGCUCUUACAUCUUUAAAGGCAGCAAAGAAACAGCUACUAUGAUUGAAAUCGACCAUGACACACAUGAGGUGAUGGUUGAACAAAUGAAUAGUGAAAUUGGCGAUAUUGUAGCCAUACCCCCUCCUGUUGGUGCAGUCCGUGCCCGUCUCAAUGCGCCUGUCAUCACAAACACGAUUGAAAUGGAGAAGAUUAGCUUUGAGCGCAACAAGUCGGGCAUUUGGGGCUGGCGCAGCGAGAAAUCAGAGCUAAUCAAUGGCUACAACUGCAAGGUCUAUGGUGCUAGCAAUGUGGAGUUUGUAACCAAGACACGUAUGGAUCAUUUAAGCGAGGAGCAAAUAAAGAACAAAACUGCGCGCACACCGCUGCACAGUCUGCUGGGAAUUUCUGAUGAGGAUUACGUGCCCCCCACAGAUGCUGCCAGAGAGCGCGUAAAUUCACCAUCACCGCGACCGGGCGAUAUAGCUGGUGCAACGCAUGGUGAGAACAAUGGACGUAUAACGCCUGCUGUAGUGGAAAGUAAUGGCAGCUCCGCUGGCGCUUCGGGCGCCAACACACCCAGCUCGAUGGUAAUUACGCCCGAGGAGUAUUUCAGUGCAGAGAUUCAGCUGCACGGGCGGGAUGUUGGCAAACCGAAAAAACUAAACACAAAAGUGCAACGCUUUAAGGCCAAUCUUUGGCUGGCCGAGGAACAUCCUAUACGGCUGCAGGAACAAGUGCUUCCCAUACUCGAUCUUAUGUCCACAAUGGCCAGUCCACAUGUGUCCAAACUCAAAGACUUUAUAACCAUGCAACUGCCGGCCGGUUUUCCAGUAAAAGUAGAAAUUCCGCUAUUCCAUGUACUGAACGCAUGCAUCACAUUUGGAAAUGUGUUCGCGAUGACAACGCCUGUAGAGUAUGUGAACACACUGCAGGAGGACGAUCGCAUCACCUGUCUGGUAGAUGAUCGCUGCUUUGAUAUACCCAGCCAUUAUGUUAAUCGGGGUGGCGAUGCACGGCGCCAAAUUCCACUCGACGAGGACGAUAUGCUGCAGUACGCCAUUGAGCAGAGUCUGGCAGAGACGAGCGGAGCGGGUGGUGCCUGUGGUUUGGAUGAGGACACCGAUAAGGUGGACAUCUGGGAGGUGCUGCGAGGUCAGCAUGUGGUGGGCAGUGAUCUGCUACCCGAGGAUGAUGAACAACUACAACGUGUACUGCAGGAAUCGUUGUUGGGCGCCCAAGCUGGCGGGUCACCCGUUUCAGACGAUGAUGACGGCGGCUUCCGAUAUGUGGAUCCUGAUCUGGCCAUGGCCAUGCGCCUUUCCCAACAAGACCAACAAAAAUACGAGCUGGAACUGCAGCGGGAACAAGAAAUGAUCGAUCAGGCACUAAAGCUCAGCCUGCAGGAGCACUAGCCGAACCAACCAACAAGCAAGCAACCAACAAAUUAAUCAAUCAAUCAAUCAAUCUGUAGUCACAAGUCUGCCGUCAAUCAAAGCAUAGGUUUUAUAGUGCGAUUUUUGGUAGCUGUUAAAAAUGUCGAUACCAAAACUGAAAUUGUUUCUAUAUAGUAGUAGUUUUACUUAUUUUUUUCCUUUAGACUUAUAAUUUCGUUAGAUAAUAUGAUUUCUUAGGGAACGUUAUGCAUAAUAUUUGCUGUAUUACACACAUAAAAAGAGAUGGGUCCUUAUUUGUAUUGUGAUAUUGAAAAAACAAAAAAAAAAAUCUCCUCGUAAUCCUACUUUUCUGAUUGUAUACUAAAGAAAUCCAGAAAUUAGUCUGUAUAGUCUGCAUAUGGAAAGCUCAAGAUUGGUCUGUGCUCGAAAACUGCGUCCAAUCUGUGUAAAACUGCAUUACCAUAUUAUAGCUAUACGAUUUACACACGCAAUUACAUAUAAGUUUAUACCAACUUACGUGUAUUUGUAGUAUUAGCUUUUGCUAAAUUUUACCAUUAAGUCAAAAGAAUAUUAUUACAGAACAUGGUAGAGUAGUCCAUGAAAUAUCUCAAGCCUUGUAAAUUUUACCAUCGUUGCAAAAAGUUUACAUUUGAAACUAAAAAAUGUAACAGCUACGUUGUAAGUAAAGUGAAGGCCCAGUAAAAUAUCCAAUAACAUUCUAAAUUGUCAUUUAUCUAAGUACAUAUAUUUUACUACUAAUGCCUAAACGUCCUUUAUUGUUUUCAUUUCUAAACUUUCUGUUUUGUGUACAAUAUUAAAUAAUUCGUUAGAAAGUAUGCCACAACAACAAAGAAACACAUACUAUAUAUACAUAUUAUAGAAGUAAAAGGAAACAUGAAAUAAUUGUA